AUGCCCAUGCUCAGGGCCACAUCCUUCAAUGAAAACUUCGGGUUCCCAGCAUGGGAAAUAACAGUGCCGCCCCGUGAAGGCCUGCAUGCCGAGGACGCCACCAAACUUCCUCCUGUGUCAUGCCUUGCCUCGCUAGGAGUUGCGACUGAUUGUUGCUCUGGAAGUCUUCACUUCCGUACAUUCGCUUUUGCAGCCGUCUCUCGUUAUACAAAGUCUAUCAUGCUCAUUUCUACCCUAAUUGGCCUUGUGGCCGGACUGGCUCCUGCGCUUGUCGAUGCUGCCUGCAGUGGUCCUCUGAAGAUUGACGAUUUCUCAAAGUACGCCUCGAACCAGAACAGCCUUAAUUCGUGGACUAGCGAUGAUGGCUCCAUGGCUAGUAUUAAAGCCUCCGGCGGGGUCUUAUCAUUCACCCCCAAAUCAUCCUCAUACUUCUACGAGACAUUUCCUUGCCAGCAGGCCAAGAGCAAUGGUUACAACUCCGUCACAUUCCAGAUCAAAGGCCCAGCUGGCGGAUCGGCUACACUGGAAAUUCAAACCAAAACGGCUUGCUCGGCCACGGCAUACACGUCCAAGUUCAUUCAGCUGUCUGGCCUCACCGGGAGCCUCCAGACUAUGACUGUGCCACUGACCCAGUUCGCUGGUGCCAACCUGGAUGCUGUUCAAGGUUUCGUGUGGUCGGGUUUCUCUUCCACUACUUCCGCGUGGCAGCUCAGUAAUAUCGCGUUUGGCUGUGGUGGAGCUGUUGCCAGCCCCUCAGUAAGCAAGGCUUCGAGCUCAAUGGCCCGUCCUAGCUCUACGAUGGCAACAGUCGCAUCGCCAUCGCCCUCUUCCGGAACCUGCAAGAACUUAUUGAUCGACGACUUUAUAUCCCAGUCUCGUUUGACCUUCAUGUUCUACAAUGCUUUCAACUACCCUACUGCUUCCGAUGGAACCAUGAAGUCUGUGACCGUCGGAAAGCCAUCCGCCAACCGCGUCGAGUUUGUUCCCAACACCCCCGGGGAGGCCUACUUCUACAGCCAAAUGCCCUGCACCAACGCAAAGGGCAAGUACGGCGGUAUUUCUCUUCGCAUCAAAGCGCCCAGGGGCACAACUCUUAACCUGCAGCUUGAUUCGUCUGCAACCUGCGACCCUGAAAAGGUAGUAUCAGGUUAUGCUUCUACUGCAGAUCUUGGUUGGACCUUCGACGGCACUGAGAAGCUGUACUCCAUACCCUUCUCCAAAUUCCCUAACGUUGACCUCGAGAAGCUCGUCACUGUGCUAUUCUCUGGAUUUUCCAACACGGUUUCCUUUGGCCCCAUGUCUCUUUACUGUGGUAACACUGUUUCGGAAUACGUUGUCCCUACCGUUCCCGCCCCGCCAGAAUCUGUGGCCACUGUUCCUGCUCCCAGUAACCCAUCUGCUAGCACUCUGGUCAUUGACAAGUUCGCCAACUCCGGUAGCAACGCUUUGGGUUUCUGGCACGGUGGCGACGAGGGCAUGAAGCUCACAUACAACGGUGGUAAGCUCCAGAUCGUUUCGGAUGAUGCCGACUAUGCUUUCUACACCCAAGUCUCCGCUGGCUGCAGUGAUUUCACCAAGUACAAGGGUUCAUACUUGCACAUUGCCUACGAGGGCUCCACUAAGUUUACCGUCGCCUUCCAGCAACAUAACAGCAAGUGCGAUUCCAACAUCGCUCCCUUUCCUGAGACUUGGGACUCUGCAGAAGCAUCACGCUACGCUCGCAAUGGUCACAUUUACAUUCCCAUCAACCACUUCAACAUCAACUUGUCCCGCGUCAUCGGCUUUUCCCUCAAGGAUUGUAUCUUCGGUCCCUGCUGGCACCACCAUUCCCGAGAAGGCCGCGACCGGCAAUCUAGGUCGGUAAUAAGUACGGAGAGGAGAUUUGCUUUCGCCAUUGAUGACGGUAUUCCAUCUCUUGCCCAGGAAGUGCUCAAGAUCAUUCGCGAGGAGAACAUCAAGGUUACCUUCUUCACCGUCGGUGCUCCUCUCGUCGAUUCCUCGACUAACCUGACCAAUGUCUACCGUGAGAUGCAGGCGGCUGGCCACCAGUUGGCCCUCCACUCGUACACUCACCCAAAAAUGGAAUCACUUCCUGAUUACGCUGCCAUUGACUGGGAAUACAACGAGGACAUCAAGGCCAUGAAGAACUCCUUCAACGGUCUUGACACUCCCUACUUCCGUCCUCCCUUUGGUAACGAGGGUGCCCGCAUGCGCUCGCGUCUGGUCAAGGCAGUCGGUCCCAAGGCCACCAUUGUCAACUGGUCUGUUGAUGUUGAGGAUUGGUUGUGGGCUGAGACCAACACCCCCGAGCAGCAGAAGGUAGCUUUCCAGCGUGAUGUCGACAAGGGCGGUAACCUCGUUGUCCUUCACUACCUGUACCCCUCCACCGUCAGCUACCUUCGCGAGUUCAUCCAAAUUGCCAAGAAGACUGGCAAGCAGCUCAUGCGUGUCGAUCAGUGCAUGGAAGACCCCUCUGCUCCCCCCCUAUGA